AUGACAUCACCUGUGCGAGUGGCUGGAGCCCGGGCGGGCGCGCGAGCCGCAGUGUCCCCCGCGCCGCCUCCGCCUCCCCCUGCGCGCAGCGUCCGCAGCCGGGAGCCGGGCCGGGCCGCGGGAGGGGGCGCCGCCGGGCUCCCGCGCGACGAUGUGAGCGGGCCGGCAGGUGCUGACGUCGCUUCGGAGACGCCGCGAGCUUUGCUGACCUGGAGCCUAUUCGGCGGGGGUCGGAGGUCGUUGCCAAGAAUGCGGAUCCUUCCCGGCCCUGGAAUGCCUUCGUUCAUCCCUCUCGUGACCCUCCUGUCCUUGCUCCUGAUUGCUUGUGUGGCUGAAAGUCCCCCCGUGUUCAUUAAAAAGCCAGUGGACCAAAUUGGUGUAUCGGGAGGCGUGGCUUCUUUCGUGUGCCAAGCCACUGGAGACCCCAAGCCUCGGGUCACCUGGAACAAGAAGGGGAAGAAAGUGAACUCGCAGAGAUUUGAGACAAUUGAAUUUGAUGAAAGCGCCGGCGCCGUCCUAAGGAUCCAGCCCCUCCGAACACCCAGGGAUGAGAAUAUUUACGAGUGCGUUGCCCAGAACCUGCAUGGGGAAGUCACCGUCCAGGCCAGGCUCACUGUCCUCCGAGAGGACCAGCUGCCUCCUGGCUUCCCAAAUAUCGACAUGGGGCCCCAGCUGAAGGUGGUGGAGCGUACACGGACAGCCACGAUGCUGUGCGCGGCCAGCGGGAACCCAGAUCCAGAGAUCACCUGGUUUAAAGAUUUUCUGCCUGUUGAUCCCAGUGCCAGCAAUGGGAGGAUAAAGCAGCUGAGAUCAGGUGGCCUGCAGAUCGAGAGCAGCGAGGAGACGGAUCAGGGGAAGUAUGAAUGUGUGGCCAGCAACAGCGCCGGGGUGCGCUACUCGUCACCCGCUAACCUUUACGUGAGAGUUCGCCGGGUGGCCCCGCGCUUCUCCAUCCUGCCCGUCAGCCACGAAAUCAUGCCCGGGGGCAACGUCAACAUCACCUGCGUGGCAGUGGGUUCGCCCAUGCCCUAUGUAAAAUGGAUGCAGGGCGCAGAGGACCUGACGCCGGAAGAUGACAUGCCGGUGGGCCGCAAUGUCCUAGAGCUCACCGAUGUCAAGGACUCGGCCAAUUAUACCUGCGUGGCCAUGUCCAGCCUGGGAGUCAUAGAGGCUGUGGCCCAGAUCACGGUGAAAUCACUCCCUAAGGCUCCUGGGACACCUAUGGUAACAGAGACCACUGCAACAAGCAUCACCAUCACGUGGGACUCUGGGAACCCCGAUCCCGUGUCCUACUACGUCAUCGAGUACAAGUCUAAGAGCCAGGACGGCCCUUACCAGAUCAAAGAGGACAUCACCACCACCCGCUACAGCAUCGGGGGACUCAGCCCCAACUCGGAGUAUGAGAUCUGGGUGUCAGCGGUCAACAGCAUUGGGCAGGGGCCUCCCAGCGAGUCUGUGGUGACCCGCACUGGGGAGCAGGCGCCGGCUAGCGCUCCGCGCAAUGUCCAGGGGCGCAUGCUGAGCAGCAACACCAUGAUCAUCCAGUGGGAAGAGCCAGUGGAGCCCAACGGGCAGAUCCGCGGCUACCGGGUGUAUUACACCAUGGAGCCGGAUCAGCCCGUCAGCAACUGGCAGAAGCACAACAUGGACGACAGCCUCUUGACCACAGUGGGCAGCCUCCUGGAGGACGAGACCUACACCGUCCGGGUCCUGGCCUUCACGUCCGUGGGAGAUGGGCCUCUGUCUGACCCCAUCCAGGUUAAAACACAGCAAGGAGUUCCUGGGCAGCCGAUGAAUUUCCGAGCAGAAGCUAAGACCGAGACCAGCAUCCUGCUGUCGUGGAGCCCUCCCCGUCAGGAGAUCAUAGUGAAGUACGACCUCCUCUUCCGGGAAGGAGACCACAGUAGGGAGGUGUCGAAGACCUUCGAUCCCGCGACCUUGUUCAUGGUGGAAAACCUGAAGCCCAACACUGAGUAUGUCUUCCGGCUGGCUGCCCGCUCAGAUCUGGGCCUGGGGGCCUUCACCCCGGAGGUCCGGGAGCGCACCCUGCAGUCUAAACCGUCUGCCCCCCCUCAAGACGUAAAAUGCGUCAGCACCAGAUCCACCGCCAUUCUGGUAAGUUGGCGGCCCCCGCCGGCCGAGAGCCAAAACGGUGUCCUGGUUGGAUACAGCAUCCACUACCGAGCACUGGACUCUGAGGACACGGAGCUCAAGGAGGUGAACGAUAUCCCCCCAACCACGAACCAGAUCCUCCUGGAGUCGCUGGAGAAGUGGACAGAAUAUCGCAUCGCCGUGGUGGCGCACACGGAGGUGGGGCCGGGCCCGGAGAGCUCGCCUGUAAUCGUCCGAACCGACGAAGAUGUGCCCAGUGCCCCACCUCGGAAAGUGGAGGUGGAGGUCCUGAACUCGACUGCCAUCCAGGUGUUCUGGCGCUCGCCAGUCCAGAACCGCCAGCACGGCCAGAUCCGCGGCUAUCAGGUCCACUACGUACGCAUGGAGAACGGGGAGGCCAAGGGCUUGCCCCAGAUCAAGGACGUCAUGCUGGCGGACGCCCAGUGGGAGACGGAUGACACCGCUGAAUACGACAUGAUCAUUGCUGGGCUCCAGCCCGAGACCGCCUACUCCAUUACGGUGGCUGCCUACACCAUGAAGGGGGACGGCGCUCGCAGCAAACCCAAACUGGCUAUGACCAAAGGCGCAGUUCCAGGGAAGCCAAUCCUGUCUGUGCACCAGACUCAGGAGAACGCUCUCCUGGUGAAGUGGGAGCCCCCCUUGGAGGCAGAGGGCCAGGUGAUGGGCUACCGGCUGCAGUUUGGGCGCCAGGACAUCGCCCCCCUAGCCACUUUGGAGUUCACGGCCCAGGAGGAUAAGUACACCGCCGUCAACAUCCACAAAGGCGCCACGUACGUGUUCAAGUUGGCCGUGAAAAGCCGGGCUGGCUUUGGGGAGGAAGCCGUGCAGGAGCUCACCAUCCCAGAAGACAUCCCCAAGGGUUACCCCCAAAUCCUCGAGGCGAGCAACAUCUCCUCCAUGUCGGUCCAGUUCGGCUGGCUCCCUCCCGUGCUGGCCGAGAGGAACGGCGCCAUCGUCAAGUAUACCGUGGCCUACUGGGAAGCCGGUUCCCCCAGUAACCUGUUGGAAAAAGACCUGCCCCCCUCCCCAGAGAACUCGUACACCCUCAACGGCCUCAAACCCAACACCGCCUACGAUGUUAAAAUCCGUGCUCACACCAGUAAAGGCCCCGGGCCGUACAGCCCAACCGUCCAGUAUCGGACGUUCCAGCUGGACCAAGUUUUGCCCAAAAACUUCAAGGUGAAGCUGGUGACGAAGACGUCCGUCCUCCUCAGCUGGGAGUUUCCCGAGAACUACAACUCUCCCGUCACCUACAAGAUCCAGUACAACGAGGAUAGCAUCAAAGUGGAAGGCCACACCACCAAGAAGCUCAUCACCAACCUGAAGCCCCGCACCUUCUACAACUUCGUCCUGACCAACCAGGGCAACAGCAUGGGCGGCCUGCAGCAGAACGUGGCGGCCUGGACUGCCUCCGACAUCCUGACCAAGAAGCCCGAGGUGGCCCACCGGGCCGACAUCGAUGGCAGUGUGGUGGUGAUCCUGCCGGACGUGAAGACCACAGUGCCUGUCCAGGCUUACUACAUCGUAGUGGUGCCUCUGAAGAAAUCCCGCGGCAACCCCAUGAGCAGCCCUGAGGAGAUGGACCUGGAGGAGCUCGUGCAGAACAUCUCCCGGGUUCAGCGCCGCAGCCUGCGCCACUCCCGGCACCUGGAGGUCGCCAAGCCGUACAUCGCCGCCCGGUUCCGUGUGCUGCCCUCCCACUUCCUCCUGGGGGACAUGAAGCAUUACGACAACUUUGAAAACAAAGCCCUGGAAGCCGGGCAGAGAUACGUCGUCUUCAUCCUAGCCGUCCUCCAGGACUAUGAGGCGACAUUCGCAGCCAGUCCUUUCUCUGACGUGAUCCAGCUGGACAACCCCGACCCGCAGCCGAUCAUCGACGGGGAGGAGGGGCUGAUAUGGGUCAUCGGGCCGGUCCUGGCCGUGGUCUUCAUCAUCUGCAUUGUCAUUGCCAUCCUGCUCUAUAAAAACAAGCCAGACAGCAAACGGAAGGAUUCGGAGCCACGGACGAAAUGCCUCUUGAACAACGCUGAGAUCACCCCUCACCACCCCAAGGACCCCGUGGAGAUGAGACGCAUCAACUUCCAGACGCCAGAUUCUGGUCUGAGCAGCCCUCUCAGUGACCCUGAGUUUGACUUUGAAAGUAUGCUCAGCCACCCACCGAUCCCCAUCUCCGAGCUGGCAGAACACACGGAGCACCUCAAAGCCAACGACAACUUGAAAUUAUCCCAAGAGUACGAGUCCAUCGACCCAGGCCAGCAGUUCACUUGGGAGCACUCGAACCUCGAAGUGAACAAGCCCAAGAACCGCUACGCAAAUGUGAUCGCCUACGACCACUCCCGCGUCAUCCUGCUGCCCAUCGAAGGGAUCGUGGGCAGCGACUACAUUAACGCCAACUACAUAGAUGGCUACCGGAAGCAGAACGCCUACAUUGCCACCCAGGGCCCCCUGCCCGAGACCUUUGGGGACUUCUGGCGGAUGGUGUGGGAGCAGCGUUCGGCGACCAUCGUGAUGAUGACCAAGCUGGAGGAGAAAUCGCGGAUCAAGUGUGACCAGUACUGGCCCGGCCGGGGCACGGACACGUACGGGAUGAUUCAGGUUACGUUGCUCGACACCAUCGAACUGGCCACGUUCUGCGUUCGGACCUUCUCCCUUCACAAGAACGGCUCCAGCGAGAAGAGGGAGGUGCGCCAGUUCCAGUUCACAGCAUGGCCGGACCACGGCGUGCCCGAGUACCCGACCCCGUUCCUGGCUUUCCUGAGACGAGUGAAGACCUGCAACCCGCCCGACGCCGGCCCGAUUGUGGUGCACUGCAGCGCGGGCGUUGGACGGACCGGCUGCUUCAUUGUGAUCGACGCCAUGCUGGAGAGGAUAAAGCACGAGAAGACAGUGGACAUUUAUGGACACGUCACCCUCAUGAGGUCACAGCGCAACUACAUGGUGCAGACAGAAGACCAGUACAGCUUUAUACACGACGCCUUGCUCGAGGCCGUGGCCUGCGGGAACACAGAGGUGCCGGCCAGGAACCUCUACACGUAUAUCCAGAAGCUGGCGCAGAUAGAAGUGGGGGAGCACGUGACAGGCAUGGAGCUGGAGUUCAAGGUGUGUUGCCAGCAGGUCAAGGGAAGCGAUUAUUCCCCUCUAUUCAGCACUGGUGAGGCCACAUCUGGAGCACUGUGUCCAGUUUUGGGCCCCCCACUACAGAAAGGAUGUGGACAAGUUGGAGAGAGAGUCCAGCGGCGGGCGACAAAAAUGCGACUUGCCAACUCCAAAGCCCACACGUCCAGGUUCAUAAGCGCCAACCUCCCAUGCAACAAAUUCAAGAAUCGCCUUGUCAACAUCAUGCCAUACGAGACCACGCGGGUCUGCCUUCAGCCCAUCAGGGGAGUGGAGGGGUCGGACUACAUCAAUGCCAGUUUUAUCGACGGAUACAGACAGCAGAAAGCAUACAUUGCCACUCAAGGGCCACUGGCAGAGACCACCGAGGAUUUCUGGCGGAUGCUGUGGGAGAACAACUCCACCAUCGUCGUGAUGCUGACCAAGCUGCGGGAGAUGGGCCGGGAAAAGUGCCAUCAGUAUUGGCCAGCAGAGCGGUCAGCCCGGUACCAGUACUUUGUGGUCGACCCCAUGGCCGAAUACAACAUGCCUCAGUACAUCCUUCGAGAAUUCAAGGUUACUGAUGCCAGGGACGGCCAGUCACGAACCGUACGCCAGUUCCAGUUCACCGACUGGCCGGAACAAGGCGUGCCAAAAUCAGGAGAAGGUUUUAUCGACUUCAUCGGGCAGGUCCACAAGACGAAGGAGCAGUUUGGCCAGGAUGGGCCGAUCUCUGUCCACUGCAGCGCCGGAGUGGGCAGGACUGGGGUGUUCAUCACGCUGAGUAUCGUCCUGGAGAGAAUGCGUUACGAGGGGGUUGUAGAUAUUUUCCAGACAGUAAAGAUGCUGCGAACACAACGACCUGCCAUGGUGCAGACAGAGGACGAGUACCAGUUCUGUUACCAGGCAGCUCUGGAGUAUCUCGGAAGUUUUGAUCACUAUGCAACAUAAAAAGCCAUCCGUUUUUGCAGACUGUACCAACCACUUAAGUCCUGGAAGGCCUCUUCUGACCCAGGAGGAGCGCUUGAACUUACAAAACUGAAUCAGAAGAAGUACCUUUUCAUUUGGACAAUGCCGCGGGGAGUGGGGGGAAGGACUUGAAAGGCACACCCCGUCAGGAACUCCAUGUUGUAACCUGGAACGUGAAGAGGCAGCUCAGGAGGGUGCUGAAGGACUAUUUUAAGUGGUGAACUGCUCUCGUUACCUCAAGUGGUGUUCGCUGUGGAGGAUGUCUGGACAUCAUAAAAACUGAUCCAAAAGCUCAAAGAAACACCUUGCGAAACGUUACCGCUGAAGGGAGCUGAGCGAGCUGGAGAAGGGAAGGAAGCCGGCUCUGGUUACAUCAUUAGAGUUCAGUUUAUUUACUAAUAUAGUUGGCAGUCUUUAAAGGAAGUCACUUGCAGAGACGGCGUCCUGUAGAAACGAAUCCAAUAAACCAGUUUCAACACGUCAGCAACCGCGAGGGCAGGAAUUCUUCUAGCUGGAGUCUCGAUAACCUCAGCAUCAUCCACCGGGAUGAUUCUGGGCUUAUGGGCACCUUGCGAUCGGCAUCCACUGAGUGCCUCUGCCAGGCAGGAGGGGUUGUAGCUCACCUUUCGAAUACUUGGAACAUUCCUCAUUUCUUCUAAUUCCAAAAGUUAUUUUUUAGGAUGUUUAAAAAUGCUAUAGAUAUCGAAUACAUAUAAAGCGCGGCAGUGCUCCCGGGCUCUGGGCGCAGACUUGGCUAGGCUGAGCCCAGGUGCUGUCAGGUCAAGAUGGGUUUUCCCUAGCUGGGUUCACCGACCACCUCCUCUUUUCCGCGCCUCCGGGCACACCCGCCGUUUCGAAUGAGACGUACAAAAACGCAGCUUCUUUCCCAUUCUCUUUGCACAUGUACCAUCCCCUUUUUUUUUGUAACCAGCUUUGCCCGCUACCCCAGGGCAAGGAGCAUUUUUGAAAGGGCCCCUUUUAGGCCCGUUCCAGAGAAGCAAUUCAUUCCUAUGAGGCUGCUGAUCCUUGCUGCCAACUCCUCACCCCGCAACACAGCAGGUCUCCAGCAGACACUUCUGCGCCCGUCCCCGUGCAGUAUGUCACCCCAGGUUCGUAGGCACAGCUCUGAACCCACACGUAGCUGUAAAGUAAUUUGGAAAGAUCAAGUGAGCUGCAUCCAAUGGCAUAUACUGUGAGUGGCUUUCUUUAAAGUAUUGAUGUAACUGUAACAAGUGACAUUACCUUCUUUUCUUUUUUUUUUUAAAUAGUGUAUUUUUUCCUUUUUUUAAAAAAGAAAAAAAACAAAGAAUAUCGGUCGAAUUUAAAAGAAAAAAUAUUUGCUUAUUUGUUCAUAUUAUGUUCAAAGACAGUCUAUUUUUUCACUGUAGAAAUGUUAUGUGUAAUGGCUGUGAUAUAUAAAAAAAAAAAAAAUGCAGUGCAAAUUGCUACUUCUACAUAUUGCUUUUCUACCAUUUAAAAGGUUUAACUUGCUCAUGUAAGAACAAAACGUCCGGUUUUUUUGGGUUUGGUUUUUUUUUUAUUUCCAGGUUGUUUUUUUAAUCUCAGACAUAUCGAGCAUCUCUGGAAGGGCGUGAGGUUAGCAGGCUGGCUUAGAUGUCGUCGUAGUGCCAACUCGCCCCCUCCCUCCUGUGGCCACGUAGCCUGCCCUUGCCACGUUCCCCGGUUAAUCGGGAGAUUAAACGACACCAGUGUCUUACAAGCGAAGUAGAAAGACAGGAAUGUCAGAGCCAUGGCACGCGCGCGCACACGCCGGUUUUAAAAUCAUUCGACCAACAAAAACCAUGGGUAUUGUAAUAGCAGCCCCCGACUCUUCGUGCGCUGGGCUGCGUAGAUGAUAGUCUAGCAGACGUACGUGAAAAAGAGGAGUCCUGUUGCCAAAGCGCAGCGAGGUGAGCAUGUCCUGAAGGAGAGACCCUGCCCCAGAACUGCUCUCCCUCGACUUUUCUUUAGUUUUCUAGAGGGGUCGACGUGGCCACAACCUGGUGCUGCCGGGACGACCGUGACGCAACCAAACGGCAACCCCGAAAAACCCGACCCAUUUCCUGUCUCCAACAAAUAAGAGGCUUCUUCGAGAUUUUACUUCCUGUUUGUGUGAAAGUUGCCCAAAUUUCAAAGUAUGUUGCAGCAAAAUCUUACCUGGGAGAGUUUAGGGUGGAAAAAAAAAAACAGAAUAAAGGGUUUUGUUUUUUGGGUUUUUUUUCUUUGUAUGAGAGCAAAGUGCUGUUGCUUUCACACUAUUUCAAACUGAAACAGUAAGUGGUUUUCAUACCACGGUGUAUGUAGAUAUAUUGACUUUGUAUUAAAGGAAGAUUGUCUGAAA